GCGUAUUGUUUUUCCUCUCUCUCUCUAAGAGAGAGUGUUUUUGGUGCAUCCUUUUUGUUUUUUAGGAGUGGUGUGUUUUUCGUCUGUCAGCCUGUAGUGGGCGCAGGUGAGCUCCACGCAGUAAAGUGCAACAGCAGAUGCGCGGGCACGACGUCCGCCUGCAAUUCCGCGGUACCUUCACGGCAAUCACGACGUCUCGUGUCCGUUCAUCCGGGCUUGGGGCCCGCUCCAGAUCCGCUUGGCGACCCCCCUACCAUCUCCUGUCACGCGCGGCGUCCCUCUCCCUAUUUGCAACGACUCUCUCCAGCCAUGCACGACUAGUCGCAUCCGGAUCCACCGACACGGGAGAGGCGCAUCGGCUCGCCCCAGGCCGACGGACGGUGCCGGUGGGCUUCCAUGGCAUGUUCGGGGCUCGGGGCUGUGCUGGCUGCCUGCGCAGUCACGGGGACGCCGCGGGGAUGGCGCGUCCCCCAGUCGGAGCUGGCGAUGGUCCCCUGUGACUGGCUGGUGACGAGUCAGGGUGUACCCCAAAGGUCAGCUGGGAUAGGCUCCAGCCCACCUGCGACCGUCAUCUAAGUAAUGAGGAAGUGAAGGCCUGCAGCCGACCGGCGCUCCGUAGUCUCCCCAUACGUUGGCCUCUCAUCUGAUCGCCUCUCAUCCUUCAUUUCCCGGGUUCUCCAUUCUUCUUUUUGUCAUCAUGACGAGCGCCUUGGAAACACUGCAGACCGCCUCCGAACUGGAGCCCAGCCCCAGGCUGCUGAGCGGAUGCCAAGACUCGGUUGGCCGCUACAAAGUGGUUCCCUCCGUGGUCUGCUCCAUGUGCUGCCUCUUUGGCGUCAUUUACUGCUUCUUUGGCUACCGCUGCUUCAAGGCUGUGAUGUUCCUGACAGGCCUGAUGUUUGGCUCGGUGGUCAUCUUCAUGCUCUGCUACAAGGAGCGCGUGCUGGACACCCAGCUGAGUGUGGAGGCCUCGGUGGGCAUCGGCCUGGGCAUCGGCACGCUGUGCGGCCUGGUCACCAUGCUGGUUCGCAGCGUGGGCCUCUUCAUGGUGGGCCUGCUGCUCGGCCUGCUGGUGGCCGUGGCCACCUUAGUGGGAAUGGAGGAGCUUUCCCACAGCCCGCCACGCUCUGUCUGGGUGCCUCUGGGCGUGCUGCUUGGCCUGGGCAUGCUCUUUGCCGUGCUCACCCUGCAGUGGCAGCGCAUCUUUACCACGCUGUCCACUGCCGUUUUCGGCGCGGCUGUCAUCACCGUAGCGCUGGACUACUUUGUGGAGCUCUUUGCGCUCGUUCUCUACAUGUACGAGCGGAUGAAAGCCGUCCCAGGUAAGCCGGUUUGCUGGCUUACGUGGGUGGUGCUGGGGGUGUGGCCUGCGCUGACACUGUUGGGAGUCGUGGUCCAGUGGAAGGUGACUGCUGAAGGCUACUCGCAUACCAAGGUCAUCAUUAGUCGUCAGCAAAGGAGGAUGCAGGUCAUGCGAAUUCGCCAACGGGAUGACCGCUACCGCCACAAGAAGAAGAAGAAGAAGCAUCUGGGAUCCUCCAGCCAGAGCCAAGCCAAGCAACUCCACCAGGAACCUGCCUAUCGCCGCAAGCCAAACCCAAUUCGCCGCUAUGACACUGAUGUCCUCUCACCCAGCUACAUCCAGAAUUUCCGGGAACGGCAGGUGCAGGCUCAGCCUUUCCCAGGACAGCUGCUCGGUGGGCCACACGCGGCGGUGGAUGUGGGCUAUGAAUCUGGCUCGACGGGACCUUCCCUACGAAUCUAAUACGUCAAUUUGACUCAGUCAAGUAACACUUGCUGUACACGCACCUGUGCUAGUUGUAUCCGGUGGAUGUGCAAACACUUCCACUUCUGACCUGUCACUGCAUGAGUUCACUCACACGCUGAAAACCACAAACACACAUAUACAGCAGCUAGUAUGUGACGGGUCGACAUCUGUUUCGGCGCCUCGGAUCACAUCAGGGAUCAGAAUGCAGACCCAACUCAGGGACUGAGAUUCUCACAACAACAACAAAAAACCAGAUGAUCCUCAUUGCGCAGGCCCCUUGUGCCAUCUGGAUUCCAUUAGUCACCAUUCUAAUGGGCCUUUUUCCCUUCUUGGUGCUGGACCGUAAUGUCUUCAAGUGGAUCUUGCUGUAAUGGGUGCCUUGCUCUUCCUGUCGCUAUGAAGGACUGUUCUGCCAACGUUUGGGUGCUCACACAGGGUCACAUUUGAUUCAGGGCUUGGUUUGUUGUCCUUAGCAUGCCAGGACCUGUGAGGAGCCUGCACGUUGUGCCAACUACAGCACUAGAAAGCCAUAUGGAUAGUGGCACUUCGCCACAACUCUCCCAAACACAUGUGCUGGAAACCAUAUACGCAAUUUCCUCACAGUUUGCAUUCAAUCUCAUCAGGACCCCAAAGAUCAUUUCGAGCUCUAUGGUGCUCUAGCUCAGUGUUUCUCAAAUUUUACUGAGCCGAAGCACAUAUUUUACAACAAUCUCACGGCACAGCACCAAACACAAAUGUCACCCAAAGUACUGUAUAUAUGUACUAAAAUAAUGACGGUCUCAUCUCAUUUUACUCAGUGUGAAACGUGGAUCUGUUUAGUUAAGCAGAUUGUUCUUUGUUUUAUGAAUGGCAACAGGUGAAUGCACAGAUGAAACGGAGCUCCUACUAGCAAAGUGACAUGGCUUCCGUCUUUGUGGAAUUUUCUAAAAAAAAAAAAAAACACUGAAUGAGCACUUUAAAUGCAUCUAAACUCGUCCAUUAGGAAAAAAAAUUAUAAAAGUUCAUGACUGCUGCCUUCACUGCUCUUGUCAUAAAAAAUAUGUUCCAUAUGCGCAGUUUUUUGGGCAUGUGACUCCAUUUGAAAUAUAAUUUUGAUGCAUCUGCUUACAGAACCCCCUCAGAAUUUACGCCCAACUUGUUGUCCGAUAUUUUUAACUGAAAUAUGUCAGCCAAUCGCAGAGGGGGUUUCCCGAGUAGCAGAUGGGAUCACAGGGUCGAGGAGAUAUGUUGGAAAAGAAUUAAAUUGUACACUUUCACUCUAAUUUGAGGGCAUGUUUGAUCAGAUUUUCUUUAGGCACGAUCAUCCAAAAAACUUCUUUCUCGUGAACCCAUCAUCUGAUUUUCAGUCCUUGGUGGACUGUACUCAGGUUGAAGUGGUCAUUCCAACCAGUCUCAGCAUUUUAACAGACUCGUUUUUAGGAUGGACAUCUUGUCAGAUUGCUACUUCGACCAACUAGUGGAAUAGUAAAAUGCUUGUUUUGUCUUGUCACUUCAUGUCGCUGCCAUAGCUUGACAAAGAAACUUACAUAAUUUGCAGUAUAUAAAUAGAGAUUUUGGGACCAAUGAAUUGAAAUGGGAUUAUUUCCCAUGGCACACCGAAUGGUCUCUCUCACACUGACGUGGUUGGGGGUCACUCCUCCAGCUGCAAGCGCUUGAAGCGUUCUGUUCUGUUCUGUUGGAGAGUUGAGGUUUGAUGCAUUGCUUCUACGGCCAGAUACGUCGCACCUUCUGUUGUGUCACAAAGAGGCCUAUUAACAUCAUUACGUGGCAGCGAGGCAGAUAAGGCUGAGGAGAUUUUCAUAAUUGUAUUGUUUCUGUAAAAAAAAAAAAAAAAAAAAAAAGGGUCUUGAACUUUGUAAAAGUGAGGAAAGAAUGUAAAAUACAGUAUGUUUGCAUGAGCUAACCCACCCCCUCAUGUUUGAUAGUGGCUCCCUUUGCUCUCCAAAAACCCACAAAACCUUCAAUGUGCACCCAAUUCAACGAUUUGUCAUCUUUCUCUGUUACCCUUCCUUUGGUUGGACUCUAUAAGGAAACAAUUGUGUUUUUUUUUUUCUCAUCGGGAUGUACUUUUAUUCCAACAUUAAAGCAUGCCUCCCUGCGGGCCAGUGUGCUGUCAGUGUGUGAGGUUUUUUUUUUGUACAAAUAAAGCUCAAUGUAUUUAUUUUUUAUUAUUGCAGAGUGAACGUCUCAAGAGUUCAUUGGUGCCCAAACAUUUGAGUCGCUCACGCUGCCAAUCCUUCUCCUUGCCCACACAUCAGAAGACUUAUCUCCUCCAUCUUUCUCCU